UGUCCCUUCAAAUUGUCCCUGAAAAUGCAUCGACUCCUCCACAGGAUGAUCAGAUUCAGACUCCUCUCAAAAUAUCCAGAGAAGUCAUGACUUCAUUUGCUGUCUCAAAUGACAAACCUCUCCAAGAGAUCAAGGGCACUUUCAGAAAUGACUGAUAUUGCAUAUAACAACAUUGUUGAUGUCAACAGAGCACACAUUGUUAAAAUAGUUCAAGAGCACUCAGAGAGAUCCAUCACACAAUACUGGCUUUUGUACUCGUGUUUUGGAACACAAGAUUCUUUGCAAAUGUUUCAGAAAAGAACUGAUCAAGAACAUGUGUUUUCAUAUCCAAUUGGAGGUGUAGCUGUACCUUUGCAUAAAGAGGCAAAACCUAAUGCAUGGUCCCCUGAUGAAAGCCUUAUUGGCCAGGCUUUUUGUUUUCUUCCUCUCUCAAUUGAGACAGGUCUUCCAGUUCAUGUCAAUGGGACUUUUGCAGUCACAUCAAAUAGAAAAGGCCUAUGGGAAAAAGGAGUAAAGUCUGAUUGGAACAAAGCUUUACUUAAAGAUGCUGUAACCUCUGCUUACAUCACAACACUGCUUGAGCUGAAGAAAAUGGCCCAAAAUGGACAUAUAGAGAACUAUUCCUUCUAUGCAUUCUGGCCUAACAGGGAUAAAGCAAGCAAAGCAUUUUUACCCCUGGUUGAGUCUUUCUACUCAGCAGUUGCACAGAAUAGCAAUGGUGAAUCUCUGGAUCUUUUCAGCAAUGGAAAUAAUUGGUGUUCUAUGGACAAGGUGAGAUUUCUGAAUCCAAAAAUUGAGAAGAACCAAUCAGUUGGACAAAUUGCCAUGAAGGUGUUCUUGAGCUUGGGAGCUUCAUAUUCCUGUGUUGUUUCUCUCCCAACAUGGGUAAGAGACUGUUUUAAUUUUUGUGGCUUCAAGGAAAUGAUCAAACAGAAAACAAUCGACUGGCCUGAGUUUUACAGCAUUGUGUUUAAGAACUUGAGUGCUGUGGACACACAUAACAGAAAUUUGCUUGUUCUGAAUGCCAUUGACUUAAAUGAUCCUGCUGUUGAUGACCUGCUGAAAAGUUUCCCUUGCAUUCCAACACAGAAAUGUCAGAAGCUUCAAUUUAUCAAGCGACUUGUGAAUCCUUCUGGCAAAGUGGCUUGUUUGUAUGAACUUGAGGAAGGGCGCUUUCUUGAAGGAACUGCAAAUGAUUUCCUCUCACCAAAAAGGAUUCAACGACUUUCCGAUUUGGGAAUGCUGAGUGACCGCCUCCCUUUAGAGGACAUCAUAGAAAGAGCAGGGAAGAUAUCCAGUGUUUGGCAAAAGAAUAAAUCUAAAUGUUGUAAAUGUCUUCAGUGUCUGAUGGAGUCAAUGAAAGACUCCUCAGAAGAUGUGAAUUCUCUGCACUGGCUCACACUGUCUCAAAUACCAUUCCUUCCUGCCUUAGCUCCUUCAGUUCAGCAAAACAAGAACACCACUAUUCUUAAAAAACCCUCUGAAGUGUACAGUGACCAUUGUCACAAUUUAGUAAGCAUGACAGAAUUCACAGUUGGUCUUUCAAACCUUCAAAUACACAGUUAUGAUUCAGUUUUCCAAAAUUGAGAGUACAGACAAAUCCACCAGUUGAGACAGUGCUUCAGCAGCUGUUAAAAGCACACCAACACUGCAGUGCAUUUGAAAAGACUGCUGUCUUCAACAUUGCUCAGUCUUGCUAUGA